AUGGAUCCCGAGGCAGUGGGGGACGACCUGUCCCGCCUGCGCGCUCUGUUCCUGGCCUGCGAUGCCAGCGGCUCGGGCCGCAUCGAGCGGGAGGACUUCGCUGCGCUCUGCGCCGAGCUGCGGGUGCGGCCGGCUGAGGCCGAGGCCAUUUUCCAGCGCCUCGACAGCGACCGCGACGGGGCCAUCUCCUUCCCGGAGUUUGCCCGUGGCUUCCGUGGCGCUACCCGGCGACAGCCCGGCGGCGGCGAGCCGGAGGGCGAGGAGGAGGCGGCGACAGCGGCAUUGGCCACCGCGGGGCUGGAGCAGCCUUGGAGAGACUUCGAGGUGCGGCUCGGGGACGAGGCGAGGUACAUUCCCAGACAAGAACAGGUCAGUGUUCUGUAUCAGAACAUACACAUAGUGGAACCAAGGUUAGUCCAACCAUAUGAACAUGUCAUUAAGAACUUCAUCCGAGAGAUCAAACUGCAAAGCACAGAGAUGGAAACUUUGGCCAUCGCAGUAAAAAGAGCUCAGGAUAAAGCAGCAGUUCAGCUUAGUGAGCUGGAGGAAGAGAUGGAACAACGUAUACAAGCUGCAGAGCAUAAAGUUAAAAAGGAAGAGAAGCGAAAAGCUGAGGAAGCACUAAGUGAGCUGAAGCGCCAGUAUGAUACUGAAGUUGGAGAUCUUCAGGUGACAAUAAAAAAGCUUAAAAAGUUGGAGGAGCAAUCCAAAAACAUAAAUCACAGGGAAGAUGUGAUUGAAUUGAAAAAAAGAAUCCAUGAUAUGUUCCUGGAAAAUCAGAAACUUAAGAAAGAUCUUUUAGAAGCACAGACAAAUAUAGCUUUUCUUCAGAGUGAAUUAGAUACCUUGAAAAGCGAGUAUGCAGAUCAAACUUUGAACAGUGAGAGAGACCUAGAAAUGAUACGAGAGUAUACUGAGGAGAGAGAUAAUCUGGAAAGACAAAUAGAAAUACUUCAAUCAGCCAACAGAAAGCUACAUGACAGCAAUGAUGGUUUAAGAAGUGCACUUGAAAACAGUUUCAGCAAAUACAACAGAUCAUUGCGGUUAGCAAACACCUCACCUGGAAGUACUAUUUCUAGAAGCAGUCCUAAAUCUAAUGGUGGGCAGUCUCCUCUAAACCUACGGUAUGACAGAUCAUCGCAUUCUUCUUGUGUGGACGAAGAUUAUGAUUCUUUAGCACUUUGUGAUCCUAUGCAAAGGAUAAACUAUGAAGUUGACAGCUUGCCUGAGAGCUGUUUCGACAGUGGCUUGUCUACCCUGAGGGAUUCAAAUGAGUAUGAUUCAGAAGUGGAGUACAGGCAGCAAAGGAUUUUUCAGAGGUCACAAUGUAUGCAAGAAAGCUUUGGUGGUGAUGCUUCUGAUACAGAUGUUCCAGAGAUAAGGGAUGAGGAAGCAUACAGUCCUGAUAACAGCAGUACAGUAUUGGACUGGAAGUCCUCACAACCAGUAAGUCGAAGCAGCUCAAUUGCUUCAACAAGGAAAUACAUAUCUGCUCUUGCUCCUCAGUCAGAUGCAACUGAACAUACUCCAAAAUACCCCAGUUCGGAGAAGGCUUACAAGAUUGUUCUUGCUGGAGAUGCAGCAGUGGGAAAAUCCAGUUUCCUUAUGAGACUUUGCAAAAAUGAAUUUCGAGGCAAUACUAGUGCAACUCUGGGUGUGGAUUUUCAAAUGAAAAGACUGAUUGUUGAUGGAGAACCCACAGUGCUACAGCUGUGGGACACAGCUGGGCAGGAGAGGUUCCGAAGUAUUGCUAAAUCAUACUUCAGAAGAGCAGAUGGUGUCUUACUGCUCUAUGACAUCACAUGUGAAAAAAGCUUUCUUAAUGUGCGAGAAUGGGUGGAUAUGAUUGAGGAUGCAACUCAUGAGAAUAUUCCAAUUAUGAUGGUGGGAAACAAAGCAGAUCUCCGUCAAGCUUUUACAGCACAAGGGCACAAAUGUCUGCCUAUAAAUUAUGGAGAAAAGCUGGCUAUGACUUACAAUGCGCUUUUCUGUGAAACAAGUGCUAAAGAUGGAUCUAAUAUUGUAGAAGCAGUUCUUCAUCUUGCUCGUGAAGUGCGAAAACGUAGUGAUAAUCAAGAUGAUAGGAGGUCAGUAACCAGCCUGGCCGAGACACCUAUCAAAAAAUCAGCGCUCACGAAAAACUGUUGCAGUGUUUAA